AUGGCCUCAACCAAUUUCUCCUUGUCUUCACCCCCUAUAUUUUCAGGAGAAAAUUAUCAAAUAUGGGCUAUCAAAAUGAAGUCCUAUUUACAAGCUUUUGAUUUAUGGGAUUCAGUAGAAAAUAAUACUGAUCCUACCCCACUACCAGAAAAUCCAACUCUUGCUCAAAUAAAAAUUCACAAUGAGGAGAGAGCUAAGAAAUACAAGGCAAAAACUUGUAUAGAAUCUUCAGUUUCUGAAACCAUUUUCAUAAAGAUUAUGGCUUGUGAAAAUGCAAAAGAAGCUUGGGAUUUGCUCAAGGAGGAGUAUGAAGGCAAUGAUCAAACAAGGUUCAUGCAAAUUUUAAAUCUCAAAAGAGAAUUUGAGAUUCAAAAAAUGAAAGAGUCUGAAAAUGUCAAAGACUAUUGCACUAGGCUCGUGUCCCUAGCCAACAAAAUUAGACUGCUCGGUGAAGAAUUUCUUAACAAAAGAAUUGUAGAAAAAAUAUUUGUUAGCCUCCCUGAGAAGUUUGAGCCAAAAAUUUCUUCACUUGAGGUUCAUGCAAAUUUUUCACAAAUAACUGUUACAGAAUUAAUCGAUGCUUUGCAGGCUAUGGAGCAAAGAAGAGCAAUCAGACAAGGAGGAACAAUUGAAGGAGCCUUGCUAGCAGCAAAGUCAUUCACAAAGAAAAAAUUUCCACAAUGUGGUAUUUGCAAAAGGUUUAACCAUGAGGAAAAGAAUUGUUGGCAUAAAGGCAAACCACAAUGUUUUAAUUGCAAAAAAUUUAGGCAUUUGUUAAAAGAUUGCAGGUUUAAAAAUGAAGAAGCAAAUUUAGCACAAGAGGAAGAAUCUCUUUUUUGA